CUCCUUCUUGGAAAAGCCAACUGCUAGAGCAUGCCAAGAGUCCCUAGCAACACCCUACAGCUUUUGAAAUCAGGGAGAGAGAGAAGAGAGAGAGGGAGGAAGGGAGGGAGAGAAAGAGGAGAAAGAGAAACUGUGAGAACUGUGGAGUCACCUGUUAGCGGGCAGGCGUGCCUAAGCCUGAGCAGGGGCAGGCUCUCAGGAUGGACACCCCACCCCCUGGCGAAACCUUAAAUAAGCACAGUGAAAAACUGAAACAGGAGGAAGAGGAGAUGGAGUUUAAGGAACUGGAUGGGCUGAGGGAAUCCUUGGCUAACCUCCGGGGACUGUCUGAGGAAGAGAAAAGUGAAAAGGCAAUGCUCCACUCCCGCAUCCAAGAGCAGUCCCAGCUCAUUUGCAUCUUGAAGCGGAGGUCAGAUGAGGCCCUGGAGCGCUGCCAGAUCCUGGAGCUACUAAACGCAGAGCUGGAGGAGAAGAGGAUGCAGGAGGCGGAGAAGCUGAAAGCCCAGAGCAAACAUGCCAAGAACCUAGAGGAACGGUUUAUGACCCUGGCAGCCAACCACGAGAUGAUGAUUUGCUUCAAGGAUGAACACAAGAGUGAGAACAUCAAACUGAGGGAGGAGAAUGAGAAACUGAGGCUGGAAAACACCAACCUCUUCAGCCAGGCUCUGAAAGACAAGGAUGCCAGAGUAUUGCAGCUCACUGUCAGGAGCGAGGCCCUUGCCAAGGAGCUGGAGGCUCUGAAACAGAGAUGUGCUCAGGAUGCCAUCCAGACACAGGUUCGAGAGAAAGAGUUGCUAGAGCUUCAGAGUCAGCAGACUUGUGCCCAUGCCAAAGAGACAGAGCAGCUGCGCAGCCAGCUGCAGAGCCUCAAGGAGCAGCACCAGCAGGCUGUAGAGAAGAUGACAAAUGCCCAGGAGACACAGAAUAGGCUGAGCCAGGAGCUGCAGGCCAGGCUGCAGACCGUCACACAGGAGAAAGAGGAGCUGCUGCAGCUGUCCAUGGAGAGGGGCAAGGUGCUUCAGAACAGGCAGGCGGAGAUCCGCCAGCUGGAGCAGAAGUUGGAGACAGCAGAUCUGGCCAGGAGUCAUGCUCUAGAGCGGUUUGAGCAAGAAGCAGCGGCUGUGGACAGCAACCUGAGAGUCCGGGAGCUGCAGCGCAGGGUGGAUGGGCUCCAAAAUGCCUACAAUGAACUCAGGCUGCAGUCAGAAGCCUUCAAAAAGCAUACCCUGGAUCUUUUAAACAAAGAGAGAGAACUCAAUGCCAAACUACGACAUUUCCAACCAUAAGGAAGCCUCUGCUUGUCCAUCCCGCUAAUAAUCCCAGUAUGUGUACCCUUGACACUUUGGCAAGAGCAAAGAUGAUAUUCCUUGUAUUAUACUUGUAAGCACAAGAGGCAACUUAAAGAAAAGCUACUUUACUAUGAUGUUGUUGUUGUUAUUGUAAAGCUAACGCCAGCUUUUGGUUUUACUGCCAAGAAUAUAUAAGAUUUGCCAGCAUUCUUUCUGUACCUUUGAAGUCUUCUAUAAUUGCUAUCAGUAUUUUUCCUACUCCAUAACUUAUUCACUCAACCUCAUAUGUCUUAAUAUAUCUCAAGAUUUUAAAUAAGCAAGUUCUAUGAUUCAAGUGAAUCUAAAAUACACAAUGAGAUGUGUCACUAUGAAAAAAAAGCAUCACAGUUAACCACUGUGGAUAUGUAGGCUUAUAGUCAG